GGAGCGGGUUUGCUUUGCAGUAAUGGCUGUACUCGGGUUGCUGGUGGAAACGGAGGCGAGCCCGGGAGGGAGCUGAGGGGACGGGGGGGAGAGAGAGAGAGAGAGAGGGUGAGACACCAACCGGACCCCGUACCUGCGCGGAGGGAGACCGGCAGCUAAAUAAACAGCCUUGGCGGGAGAGAAGAAAGCUAGCCGUCGCACGCCCGGGCUGGAGAGCGGAGGGAGAGAGGACGGCUGGACCGCCGGGGGGAUGAGCGGCCCCGGGCAGGACGGCGAGCCCGAGGCGAAAGCCCUCCACACCAAGCGGCUGUACCGAGCGGUAGUGGAGUCGGUUCACAAGCUGGACCUUAUCAUCAGUAACAAGUCAUCCUUCCGGGAGGUGUUCAAACCUGAGAACAUCAGCCUGCGCAACAAGCUCAGAGAGCUGUGUGUCAAGCUGAUGUUCCUGCACCCUGUGGAUUAUGGGAGGAAGGCAGAAGAGCUCCUCUGGAGGAAAGUGUACUAUGAGGUUAUUCAGCUCAUCAAAACCAACAAGAAGCAUGUUCACAGCCGCAGUGCCCUCGAGUGUGCCUACAGGACCCACCUGAUCGCUGGGGUGGGCUUCUACCAGCACCUGCUGCUCUACAUCCAGUCCCACUACCAGCUGGAGCUGCAGGACUGCAUCGACUGGACCCACGUCACAGACCCCCUCAUCGGCCGGAAGAAAGCGGUCUCCGCCUCUGCCAAGGAGAUGGACUGGGCUCAGAUGGCCUGCCAUCGCUGCCUGGUCUACCUGGGAGACCUAGCUCGCUACCAGAACGAACUGGCAGGCGUGGAGGCAGAGUUGCUGGCUGAGAGGUUUUACCACCAGGCUCUGUCUGUGACUCCACACGUUGGAAUGCCUUUUAACCAGCUGGGGACGCUAGCGGGAAGCAAGUACUACAACGUGGAGGCAACUUACUACUAUCUGCGAUGUAUUCAGUCAGAGAUGCCGUUCGAGGGAGCUUACGGGAACCUGAAGCGUCUCUAUGACAAGGCAGCCAAGAUGUACCACCAGGUCAAGAAACAGGAAAUGAAGAAGCUGUCCCCCACCAAGCAGAGGUCUAAAGACGUUAAACGGUUGCUCGUGAGCUUCAUGUACCUGCAGAGCCUUCUUCAGCCCAAGAACAGCCUGCAGGAGUCUGAGCUGACGUCUCUGUGCCAGUCGGUGCUGGAGGACUUCAACCUUGUGCUGUUCUACCUGCCCUCUCCCUCGCACUCCACCUCUGGCUGCGAGGAAGAGGAGGAUCACGAGAGCCGCUACUCCUUCAUCCCCGACGUGCUCGUCUUCAGAAUGGUUGUCACCUGCCUGAUGGUCGUGCACAACCUCAAGAGAGCAGGCUCCAAGCAGUACAGCGCUGCCAUCGCCUUCACACUGGCCAUGUUCUCUCACCUGGUCAACCACGUGAACAUCCACCUGCAGGCUGAGCUGGAGGAAGGAGAGAGCGGAGUCCCGGUGCUGCACACGGAUGACCUGGAAGUGAAAGACGGCGUGACAUUGACGCCGGAGGAAGGCACGCUACAGAACGGGAUGGCUGAGGAAGAGGAGGAGGAGGAAGAGGAGGAGGAGGAGGAGGAGGAGGAGGAGGAAGAGAGAAGUGGGAAAGGAGCAGACGGUCUAAAGAAGCCUUCGAACUCAACGGACAAAACCAAGAAGAUGGGCAAAAAGAAAUACUCCCGUCUCUCCCGCCUGAGACGGCGCCGAUACGCCGGGAAAGAGGACGAGAGUGAUCUGAGUGAGGGCUUUGAGAGCGAGGGGGAGAGAGGGGGAAGAGCAGGGGGCAGGAGAGUGGGAGCAGCGGUCGUCUCCACCGCCAUUACCAGGGCGAAACACAAGGGGACGGACUGGGAGAGUGGCUCUGAGAGGAGCGAGGAAGACUACGAAGAGGAGGAGGCGGAGACUGCGUUCGACGUGGAAACAGAUUCGGAUAUGAACAGCCAGGAGUCGCGCUCUGAUUUGGAAGACAUCGAAGACGAAAAAACGGAGCUCGCAGGCGUGCCCGAUACACUCGACAGCGCGGAUUCAAAACCGCUGGAGAAGGCGGAGCCCAGCCCGGCUGUCAAUGGGCCCUCCCCACCCAGCGGCAGCGACUCCAGCAUCGCCAGUAACCUCCAGGCCAUGUCUUCCCAGCUCUUUCAGACCAAACGCUGCUUCCGCUUGGCCCCCACUUUCAGCAAUGUGCUGCUGCGACCCUGCAGUGCUCCAGAGGCCAGCGGGGGAGGGAGCAGCCCCCAGCCAACAGCCCUCGAUCAGACCCCUCUCGCCAGCAGCAAUCCCAGCGCCACCCCCCACACUGCCAGCGACAACGGUGAGGCUUCUGCGUAACCACAUCAGCCAUGUGCUUU